ACAUGUUCUACGGCGUCCUCCGAUUUUAUUCACGGAAAGUGUAACGCCAUAUUGCUUCCGUGAAUUCUGUGAAAUAUUUGUGCAUUUCUCUUUAAUCAUGACUAUAAUAAGAAAAUGGAUUGAUUAAAAAUAAUUUACUAUCAACGUUUAAUCGUGGGGAUAUAAUUUUAAGCAUCACAGCUUCAGAUUUUACUGGAAAAAGUGUAACUCGAGGGGACGAUUAUGUCCUAUGAGAAGAUGGAGGUGGUGAAUCCGGCAGAAAAGGAAGCCAGUGAGGUGCUGCACUCUCUAUUGUCGGUGGAGCGUCGUAGUGUAGACAGUAAGGAAGCGAUCAUUGUUUCCAUUCCGGCCGAUCAAAAUGGUGGAGGCGAGUACGGCGAAAGUGCCCAAUGGCACACCCCGGUCAUGGGGCAACAUUCAGUUUUUGAACUGAGCACCGCACAAGGUUUACAACAACAUACUUACAAUGGGCAUCAGGAGCAGGUGCUUUGGCAAGGGCAUACUAUACAAGUGGAGAAUGGAGAUGGCAAUCUGCAAGCGAUGCAGGGAACAUACAGUAUUGAGUUUGAACCAAAUGUUGAUGGUGAAACUGGGGAUAUGGAAGUUGACACAAAACCAAAGGUUGAAAAGAAAGUUGCUGUCAAGAGAAAGAAAAAAAUGGCAGAAUCAGAUAGUGAUGAUGAUGUCUUUGAUAACAAAUUGGAAGACAAUCCUUCACAGGUAAAAGAAAGACUGAAAAGAGGCUGUGACUGCAAAGAUAAUUGCUAUAGAGGUCUCAAUCCAGAAGCUGUGUACCGCCACAGGUUAAAUAUUGCAGAAUUGACAAAAAGUGAGCAUGACAUGUAUCUGAUGGGCAUUACAAUGGCAAGUUUAGCAAAUCCCGCAGAAACAUCUCGUCACAAAGUCAGAAGGAGAUUAAGAGCGUGCUAUGUUUAUCAGGGGAGAAAAGUUUGUUUAGAAGCUUUUUUAUAUUUGGAAAAUGUAACACAUUAUCAGCUCAAGCGGAUUAGACAGCAUGUAAUGACGCAUGGAGUGGCUCCCCGAAUACAUGGUAAUGUUGGUAAGAAGCCAUACAACACUUUCACGCUGGACAUUUACAAGCACGCUACUAAUUUCCUAAAGGAAUAUUUGAAACAACAUGCAAGCUCACCAAAGGAUGUACAGCCAUCAGGUGAAGGAGGCAAGAAAACAAGCAAAACAGUUAUAAUACAAGGUGAUUCAAGAAAACACCUAUUUGAGGCAUAUAAGGAAUAUGGGGAAAUUUUGGAACCUGGUGUAAAGCUUAUGGGCUAUUCGACUUUCCGGGCAUUCAUGAAGGAUCAAUUUCCUCAAGUUAAGUUUGCAACAAAGAAGCAGGAGAUGCCAAAGGAUAUGGUGCCUUUCCGCAGUGGGAAAUGUAUGUCAUAUGACAAAAACAAGGACCCUAUUAGGAUACAGCAGGAAAAAGAGAAAGCUGAUGCUAAAAAGGCAGCUAUGGAUGCAAAGAAGAAAGAGGACAUGGAGAGGGAGCAACAUGCACAACAAGAAGCACAGCAGCAGCAACAACAACAACAACAACAGCAACAGCAACAGCAGCAGCAACAACAACAACAGCAGCAACAAGUGCAACACCAACAACAGCAACAAGUUCAACAAGUGCAGGUGCAACACCAACAGAUGCAGAAUCAAGGCCCUCAUGUUGUUAUACAUCAACAACAACCACAACAACAAUCGAUGCAACAGCAGAUGUUGGUGCCGCAAGUGAGUCAACACCAACAAGUGUUGACACAACAAGUGGGUGGUGUUCAACAAGUUUCCCAACAGCACUGUGUUCAGCCGUUGGGGGUGUCGGAGGAUAGUGGGCAGCCAGUGGAGAUGGCUCAGCAAGUGAUACCGCUGGCGGUGGUGCAGCAACCACAGCAGGCGUACCUUGUCACUCCAGUGUCACAUUUCCAAACACGAGUACAAGGUGCCUGGUACAGACAUUGACAUCGGAAUGUCACAUUUGAAAAUACAAUGAAAUAGAAAUGUGAUGACAUUAUUGACAUUGAAGCAACAAAUUUUGUGGCCGGAGAAAUAUUUUUUAUAUGCCACAUGUAACUUUGGCAAUAAGCUAGUAGAUACUUAGGUUUAACACCUUCUCAGUAUUGAUAACUGAAUGAAACAAGUGUCUGUAAGUAUAAAUUUAAUCAUAUUUACACAAUUUACAUUAGCAGUAGCUAUGUAGUAUAUUUUAUAGGCAUAUGAUUUUGUAGGUAUUGUAAGUUAAUGUUUGGACAACUUGUCAUUUGUGUGAAGAAGAACUGCAAUUUUGUGAAUCAUUAAUCCCGCCUUCAGGUAUCUUUUAGGAAUUGGUAUUAUUGCCUUUAUUAUAGCGCGUUUUUAAUGGUUUUUUCUGCUCCCAGAUAUAAUAUUUUCUUGUAUGAAAAUUUAUCCUUAAAAGUGUAUCAUCACAGUAGUAUGAGAAAUGGGGAAUAUGUAGUAAAAAUGCAAAUAAUUUUAAAUAUUAGGCUGAAAGAUGUAGAAAGUGAAGUGUUUGCACAGAAUGCAAUAUAUUUUCCCUCCGUCAACAAUAUCUAAAGUUUACUUAUAAUUAUAUUAAACAUCACAUUUAUUUCCUUUGGUUUAAAUAGUUUUAAUUUUGUAUUCUUCAAUCUUAAUAGUUAUAAAUGUGGAUGAAAUUAUGUUUGUUUACCCAAGGAAAGCAGUGCCUUUAACUAUUAUGGGUAGAUAAGUAUAACAAAAAACUGGUUGAAUUAUUUAGCGUGAGAUCUAUGCAAAACUUUUUUUAACUCCCAUACUUAGGCGGUGUUAAAAUUUGAGAUUUUGUUACUAAGGGACUGCUGUUAAAACAAUUCUGAAUGUAAUGGAAGUUAUUUUAACAUUUUUAUGUUUUAUACAUAUCAAAAUUUCGUAGUGAAUAAUUAUAAAGACAUAAGUUACUGGUGUUUAAAUAGUCCUCAAUAUGCAGUCUGAAGUUAAUUUAGUAUGUUACAUUUAUUUUUUAGAGAGUGUAGGAAUGUAGUUGUAGUGUUAGUUGUGUGCCCUAUAUGUACACAGGGAUUUUUAAUAUGUUGUUCCUUUCACAAUAAAUGAUGGACUAUUGAAAGAUAUUUAAAAUGUGAUUUGGUAGUAAACUUCCAUUUUUUUUCGAUAAUAUACUCAAAUUAAUCAUGAAAUUGAAAAUUUUGAUCCUAAUUUAUUUAAGGUUCUAUUUAAAUCACAUAAAUGAUUUAAUUGGAAAAUUUGUUCCGAAACAAAAAUUAAGACAAAUAAAAAAAUUAUAAAUUUCCGAUUGUUUCUUUUGAAAUUAGAAAAAAUUGUGAAAGAUCCUGUGUUCAAAUUGAAUUAAAUUGUGUUGUGUGUAAGUUGUUGGUAAUAAGAAUUGUAUGGUAAUACAGAAAAGUACAUAUAUUUGAAGAAAGCAUGUAAUGUGUGGUUUGUGAGUGAAAAACUGAAACAGUCCCAAACUUAAUGUUUGAUUUAAUAAUUGUUUAAUUGUAGGUUUCAAGGAAUGAAUUAUUUUAAAAAGAAAUUGUCACAUUUCUAUAUUGAAUGAAGUUUAUAUCAGCCUUUAAAGUCCUGAGAAAAAAAAAAACUAAAUGUGGCUUAUUUAAAAAAAAAUAUUUAACAUAACACACAUCAGUUCUCUAUGUUUUAUUUAUUGAAAAUAAUUGUAUUUUAAAAUUCAUAAACCAGUUUUUAGAUAGUAUCAACCAAUAUUCAAUAUCAUUGUGUUAAUCUUUUCGUAUUUAGUUGUUAGAAAUAUAAAGUAACUGUGUAAUAUUAUUAUCAAGGAAUAACUUACAUUGUGUUGAGAAACUUUAAAAUUUUCAAUUGCAUAUUUUCAUACAAAUAUUUUAUAAAAAAACUUGAUUUGUUUCUUAAUUAAGAUGGACGUAAUAUUGUAAUUUAUACAAGUACAUAAGUGUGUAAUCAUAUUUUAUUAGAGAGUACAGGAAUGUGCCUAGAAAUUAUGCUUAUCUAUGUAUUUUUAUAGUGCAAUAGAUUUAAAAUUUUGGCAUUCGACGAAAUAUCGUUUAAAAACAUCCUUGAAAGACAUUAAAAAUAGAGUUUGGAAAUAUUAAGGAAAAUAGUUUUGAAUAUGCUUUAUUUUGUGGUAUUCUAACCGUAAAAGUAUAAAUUAUUGACGUUCAUAAUAUUGUAUUUUUGAAUGUACAAGACAAACUAGCUUCGCUAGAUUUGUCCUAAGCAUUUAAUUUGGCAUCUAUAUGUAUUAUGUAACAAGAUCAAUAUCGUACGUAGGAAGACAUCAUGUGAUAGAAAAUAAACUUUUUUACGCUAGUAUA